CGCUCUCUUGUCUCUAGUCUCUAGCCUAAAGGUCGAACACAACUGCACAAGUGUAUCCCCGCGGUUGCUGCGUCGCGCACACAGAGGAGAGGAGAAGAGAGGAGAGGGAUUUCUUUCAGGAAAAAAGAGAGGAGAGGGAGGAGCAGGGGUGGGAGGAGGUCGAGAUGGAGGUCGGCUUCCUGGGGCUGGGCAUCAUGGGGAAGGCAAUGGCGACCAACCUCCUCCGCCACGGCUACCGGGUCACCGUCUGGAACCGGACCAUCGCCAAGUGCCAGGAGCUCGUCGCGCUCGGGGCCACCGUCGGGGAGACGCCCGCCGCCGUCGUCGCCAAGUGCAGAUACACCAUCGCCAUGCUCUCCGACCCCAGCGCCGCCCUAUCCGUUGUCUUCGACAAGGAUGGCGUGCUCGAGCAGAUCGGGGCUGGCAAAGGCUACAUCGACAUGUCCACUGUCGAUGCCGCAACUUCUUCAAAGAUUAGUGAGGAAGUUAAACAAAAAGGCGGCGCUUUCAUUGAAGCUCCGGUUUCAGGGAGCAAGAAGCCAGCUGAAGAUGGUCAAUUGGUCAUUCUUGCUGCCGGGGACAAGACAUUGUAUGAUGAAAUGGUUCCUGCAUUUGAUGUACUUGGGAAAAAGUCGUUCUUUUUGGGAGAGAUUGGAAAUGGAGCUAAGAUGAAGCUGGUGGUCAACAUGAUCAUGGGAAGUAUGAUGAAUUCUUUGUCUGAGGGACUCUGUUUGGCCGACAAAAGUGGGUUGAGCCCCCAGACGCUUCUUGACGUACUGGAUCUCGGCGCCAUUGCAAACCCAAUGUUCAAGCUGAAGGGGCCCGCAAUGCUGCAGGGCAGCUAUAGCCCUGCAUUUCCUCUGAAACAUCAGCAGAAGGACAUGAGGUUAGCUCUUGCCCUGGGAGAUGAAAACGCCGUCUCCAUGCCAGUCUCAGCUGCUGCGAAUGAGGCAUUCAAGAAGGCUAGAAGCCUGGGCCUGGGGGACCUGGAUUUCUCGGCGGUCUAUGAGGUAGUGAAGGGCGCAGGUGGUUCAGGCCAGGCAUGAUAAGCAAUCAGCGGGCUCGUUUGGAUGCUAGAUUUGCAGCAGUGUCUCUCGUUCGUUGUAAGGCAAUUGGCUCGUCUUCAUAGCGUGUGUAUAUCCAGGAUCUGGAACCCGACUUCGCAGAAAAAAUAAGUCAGCAUUUGAUGGUUUGCUUGCACGAUAGAUGUUACUGGAAGCUUGGAACUAGCUGCGUGCAUCACGAAUGAUUUUUUUUUUUUUGGACCUGCCUCAGCAGAUUGAAAACAUACAAGAAAUGGCACUCUUCUCCUUUGUCA